GUAGUUGAGUUCAAGUCGCCGCCGUCAUUGUCACUGUCUGUGGAACUACCUCAUGGUGGCCGACUGGAGGGGAUGGGGAUAAGGAAGGGGGUGACGUUGAUAGUAGGAGGCGGUUUUCAUGGAAAGAGUACGUUGUUGGAGGCAUUGCAGUUGGGCGUCUACAACCAUAUACCGGGUGAUGGUCGGGAGUUUGUGGUGACGGACUCGAAAGCGAUGAAGAUAAGGGCUGAGGAUGGACGAUAUAUUAAUACGGUUGAUAUCAGCCCGUUCAUCUCCAACCUGCCUCUGGGUCGCGACACGACGCAGUUCUCGACAGAAGAUGCUAGUGGGAGUACCAGUCAAGCGGCUAAUAUUAUGGAGGCGUUGGAGGUUGGUGCAUCGACCUUCCUUAUUGAUGAGGAUACGAGUGCGACCAACUUCAUGAUAAGGGACGGUCGGAUGCAGCAACUAGUCUCGGCUGAUAAGGAGCCUAUCACUCCCUUUCUGUGGCGAGUCAG